GUACAUCCAGAACCAAUACCUUGAGCGAGAGUGUCAACAGAGCUCUAGGUAUUCAUGAAAGCAACAGAUAGAAUGAAGCCUCAGUUCAUCUUUACGAUCUUCAUUUGUUCGUGCAUAUCAGUUAAAGCUCAGAAGAACUGCCAGACUCCAAAAUUUCAGAAUGGUUUCGCUCUCCCUGAGGCAGUGACCUACCAAGAUGGUGCAGAGGUUACUUAUGCUUGUAUUGCUGGAUAUAAACCAGUAAGUCAGGUUUGGUGGGGACAUAUUAUCUGUACAGAUGGUGAGUGGUCACCCGCUCCAAUGUGCAUUGAUAAAAAAGCAUGCCUUGCACCAGAAGUCGCACAUGGCCAAGUAAGAAAGUCAGCAUCUAAAGAAUGGUAUGAUCACGAGACCUCUGUUCCAAUUGAAUGUGACAAAGGAUACAAACUUUCUGAAAAAGCCCGUCCCAGAUUAGCAAAAUGCACAAAUGGGGAGUGGACAGUGCCAGCUUGUGACCGCAUGGAAUAUGUGUGUGGAGCUCCCCCAGAGGUGGAACACGCAACAAUCACACAAAAAGCUCAGAGUGUUUUUGAAGAUGGAGAUCGUGUUAACUAUACAUGUAACAAAGGGUAUCAGUUAAGUAAAGGUGACAGGAGUGUGGAUGAUGAAACCUAUUGCUCAUCAGGAACCUGGAAGAAUGUUCCGAAGUGUUCUCCCAGACAGCAAAACCAAGAUGCACGGUUGGCUUCAAGAGCCGAGGAUUGUGGGAAACCUCCUGAAGUAAGCAACUCCGUCUAUACAGUCAGAGGUCAAUCAGUUACCUAUGAAUGCAGUCACCUGUACAAACUUGAGGGCAGUGCUACCAUACGGUGCUUUGGAGGAGAGUGGAUGGAUCCACCCAUUUGUAAACCUCCCAGACACCAAAACCAAGAUACAGGGCUGUUUUCAAGAGCCGAGGAUUGUGGGAAACCUCCUGAAGUAAGCAACUCCGUCUAUACAGUCAGAGGUCAAUCAGUUACCUAUGAAUGCAGUCACCUGUACAAACUUGAGGGCAGUGUUACCAUACGGUGCUUUGGAGGAGAGUGGAUGGAUCCACCCGUUUGUAAACGUGACCCUAUGCAUGGUCCAUAGAUAUGAUCAGACACAAAAGGGAUACCAAAAGAAAGUUAGUUCUGGAUACCAGAAGCCAAAGCAAAGCCAACAUCAAGACCUGCUUUGAGACAUCUGCCUGGUGGACAGUAGAAAAUCCAGUGCAGAAAGUUACAUUCAUAUCAUCGUGCUGCAUUUAAAGAGUGUGUUUCUGAAUCCCCUUAUUUUCUGUUCUUUCAAAUUUACAGCAGCGUAAAAUGAUAAAAAUUCAGUUCAAUUCAAGUUUACUCGCAUGGCGAUUCUCACAAUGAACAUAGUCAUAAAUCUGCUUAUAAUACUACUAAUAUCGCAUAACAUUGAUAAAGCGCUUAUAAUAUAAUAAUUCUUUUUGAGAAACUUUGUUUGCCAAAUAACAGUCCAUCAACCCCCUGAUAAUCACAUUUCAGUCCUAAUUAUACAUUUCACUUAUUUUUAAUGGAUUCUGAGAGACCCAAAAUAGCACCCAUCUUUUUGCCUGGAGGAAAAUUACUUCCAGCCACCACCUUCAAAUCAAUUCCAAAUAAUAUGACUAAAUAAAAAGUGAAUAAAAGAAACACUUCAAAAA